AUGAAAUUCGACUCUAGUGAGGGCAGUGUUAGUGAGGAGGAGGCGACAAAGGUCCUAAAUAUUCCUUUAAGUCCAAUUUUUCCUAAUGAUCAGCUUAUUUGGCAGGGCACAAAAACAGGGCUAUUUUUAGUCCGAAGCACUUAUCACCUCUGCAUGGAACUGUAUAAAAAAAGCCAAUGUGAGUGCUCCAAUCCAGUAAAAAGAAAUGACCUUUGGCAGGAUAUUUGGUCUCUAAAAGUUCCCAAUUCAAUGAAAAUAUUUGUGUGUAGGGCCAACGGAAAUAUUCUCCCCACUAAGUCAAACUUAUUCUCAAAAAGAGUUGUUGACUCAAAAACAUGUCCCUACUGUCUAAUAGAAGAUGAAGACGUUAUCCACGCUUUUUGGAGUUGCCCAACUGCGCAAGACAUUUGGGGGUGUGGUCCACGGAUUUUCCAGAAGAGCAGUUUCAUGGCAACAUCCUUUCAGCAAUUGUUCAAAUAUUUCUCUGACCGGUUGUGCAAUGAAGACUUGAUGUUGAUGGCUUUCUUGCUUCAGAGAAUUUGGUUCAAAAGAAAUAGGAUUGUUUUUGAUAAAAAAUGGAUAAAUCCCUCUACUGUGGCACAACAAGCUAAGGCAGGCCUUGAUGUUUUUCAAGCAAGUAAUUUUUCUUUGCCUUCUAGGGAAGCAGAAGUAAAGGUGGUGGGUUCUCCCAAAGGUUGGCAACCUCCCUUUCCUGGCCCUAUUAAAAUUAAUUGGGAUGCAUCUAUUAAUAAAACUUUGGGUUGUAUUGGCAUUGGAGUUGUGGCUCGGGACUAUGUAGGAAAAGUUUUGAGGGCCAAAUGCUCAUAUAGGAAGCAUUCUCUUGUGCCGGAUGUUGCAAAGAUGAUUGCAGCACUGGAUGCAGUUAUGUUUUGUAGAGAAGCUGGGUUUUGGGACUUUAUAAAGGAAGGGGAUGCUCUAAAGGUUGCCAAAGAAAUAAAUUCCAACCCUCCUUAUCUUUCCCGACUUGGGAAUUUUGUAGAGGGAGUUUGA